UUAUAUAAAACAAGAUGGUAUGUUCUGAUGGUAUUUUCUUUGUUCACUGCUUGUCAAUAUCUAGUAUGGAAUACAUGGGGACCAAUAUCUGAUACAGCUAAACAUGCCUAUAACUGGUCCGAUUCUGAUAUAGCUUUACUUGCCAACUGGGGACCUAUUAUGAUCUGUAUAACUGUGAUAUUCUACUCAUGGCUGCUAGACGUAAAAGGUAUUAGAGUUGCCUGUAUUAUAUCUUGUUUCUGUAUAACGCUGGGUUCUGGUUGUAGAUGUAUUUCACAGACACCACCAAUCUCAACAUGGAUGAUGCAUCUAGGUCAAUUGUUAAAUGGAUGUGCUGGUGCUGUAGCAAUGUCAGCAUCUCCUGUCAUAUCAUCGACCUGGUUUCCACCAAAUGAAAGAACAACAGCUACUGCUAUUGGUGUUUUAAUACCCGAUGUUAUUGGACUGGCUGGCUCAUUUCUAAUCGGUAUGUUUUUAGCUUUUAUUUAUCAUUAUCAUUACAUAUACACUUAUAGCCAUUGGAAGCUGAUUAGAAUCGACAGUCUUUUUACUGAUCUACAAUCUAUUGCAGAAUUUGGAAUAGUGGUUUGUGUCUUCUUAUUGAUGUUAAUAUAUUUCCCUAAGAAACCACCCUUACCGCCCUGUACAUCAGCUUCAGUUAGCAGAAAAAACUUUAUUCAAGGAUUAAAAGAAAUUAUAAGAAAUAGAAACAUAUUAAUGGUAGGAAUAGCCUAUGGAUCAGCGCUGGGUGUAUCUAAUGUCUGGGCAGGAGUACUUAAUUUAAUUCUACAACCACUGGGAAUUUCACAGACGGAAGCUGGUUGGAUUGGUUUCUAUGCAUCUUUCGGAGCAUGUGCAGCUUCUCUUGUCAUUGCAAGAAUUGCAGAUAAUUUUAGUAAACAUUUAAAGCUAAUUAUAGUUAUAUUAUUCAUUAUUGGAGCAGCUUUUACCCUGUGGUUUGCUUUAGCUUGUAGUGGAUUUGUUCCUUAUUCAACAGUUAUAUUCUAUGUCACGACAAUCAUGAGUGUAUUACCAUUAAAUGCAGCAAUUCCAUUAUUGUAUGAAAUAGCGUGUGAAUUAGCUUAUCCUAUUGGUGAAGGAACAGCCAAUGGUUUGAUGAUUAUGAUGAAUAAUAUUGGUGGUAUUAUAUUUCUCUCUGUCUUAAUGAUACCCAAUAUUGGUACAAAUUGGAUGAACUGGACUUUACUAGGAUCUAUAAUAGUGUGUUUUCCGUUAUUUACUGUGUUAAAAGAGAAUUAUAAAAGACUGAACUUUGAUGAAAAUGAACCUGGUAACUCAACAACUACCUCUACCUUAGUGCAUUGA